AUGCCUAUACGCGUGAAGUCGCGUAAACAGCCAGGGGCUGACGAGCCCCCACGCACGCCCUCCCCCAUGGGCCAGCGAUUUUAUGGCUACAGGCUCCCUGAUAUUCGUGAGGACGAUUCAUUCAGAGAUAUGAUCAAGAAGCUAUCAAUCUACUUCAACGAGGUCGUUGUACUUCCGGUCACCUUUGAACAAUUACGCACAACCAGUGCAGGCGAGGGCCUAAGAAACUUGGUUGAGCAUCUCAGUAGGGAAUGCUCGCAUCCUGCCAUCGUCAAUGCUCUCUUGGCAUUGAAAUGGCAUUACGGGGCGGCAACAGAGGAUAAAGGUGUCAAUGAGGCCCGUGCCAAUGCUGCUGAAAUCGUAGCAUGGCGAUUUUUGACUCACCUCUCCGAGAGGGAGGUAAUGAACUGCUGCCUUUACGAGAUACCAGACCCGGACGAUGCCACAGAGGACGCAGGAGCCCGCGAUGAAGAGAACGGACGUCGGUCGGAAGAGGUCGACGAGAACACUGCAUUGCUUGCUCAAACCUUAUCUGGAACAGUAAACUCUGCGAAAUCGACGCUCACUAACACUGGCAGCAAGAAGCGAUACCAGCUGUUAAAGUCAAUUUCGCGCCUGACAAUGGCUCAGGAUGACGAUGACGAAGAUCAGGAGGAAGACCCCACCAAGCCUUUCGUCACGCUCAAUGCUCUCGAAAUAGCCGCUGUUGCCGACGCGAAGCGCUUUCUCAGUCAGCAUGUCGUUCAGAAGAUUAUUACUGGUAUCUGGAAUGGCGACAUAAUUUUCUGGGACAGGCUGGCUGUCGACUCGGUGAAACGGCCUCGUUUCUACAACAAAGCAACAGCUGAUCCAUUCUCUCGUCUUCGAGUUCCCAAAUACCUCAAGUCAUUUGAGGUCAUUUUCUUCAUGAUAUUCCUGUUCCUGUACUACUCCGUCCUUGUUGAGAGGAACCCAGAGAAAAUCAGCAUCAACGAAGUCCUGCUCUACAUUUGGUUCUUGGCUUUUGCUUACGAUGAGCUGAGCGAAUAUGUCGAUGCCGGAUCGAUCUUCUACGCGACCGAUAUUUGGAACCUGUUUGACAUCACAAUGAUUUGCAUUGGCUUCAUCUUCUCCGUUUUGCGGAUCGUCGGUCUUUCAAAGCACGAUGAGGAGCUGAUCGGCUUAUCUUUUGACGUCCUGUCUCUACUGGCACUUUUCAUGGUCCCGCGAGUCUGCUCGGUCUUGUCGCUAUCUCCUUACUGGGGUACACUCAUCCCUUGUCUAAAAGAGAUGGGCAAAGACUUCGUCAAGUUCAUGGUAUUAGUAUUUAUUGUGUACCUUGGAUUCUUGACGACAUUCACACUUGUCGCGCGUGACACAUUUACACUGCCGGCUAUGACCAUGAGUUUAGCUAAGAUCUUUUAUGGCUCGAGUUACAUUGGAUUCGAUAUCAUGGAAAAGAUUGAUCCAUUCUUCGGGCCACCACUGAUGUUCAUAUUCGUCACCCUCUCCUCAAUCCUCUUAAUGGGCAGCUUGACGGGUAUGCUCUCCAACUCGUUCUCUCGAGUAAUGAGCCACGCCCGCGAGGAGUACCUCUACGUGUACUCCGUCUACGUCCUGGAAGCCAGCACAUCCAACAGGCUAACCCACUUCUACCCGCCCUUCAACCUCCUCGCCCUGGUCAUCUUCCGCCCCCUGCGCCUCGUCCUGCCCUCGGACAACAAGUUCCGCGCGGCGCGGAUCCUCCUGCUCAAGGCGACGCACCUGCCCAUCGUGGGCGCCAUCAUGCUCUACGAGCUGGUCAAGGGCAAGGUCGCGAGCGACGAGUACCACGGCUUCAAGGGCCCGCGGCUCGAGGCCCUCAACAGCGGCGGCGGCGCGGCCCAGCGCAAGGCCUCCCGCGCAAAAGUGCGCCCGGCCUCGUCGGCCUCGGCGUACGCGCACCUGCAGCAUAGGCGCCCGCAGAGCGCGUCCGACGCGACGCUGCGGCCCGUCUCCGCGCCGACCAGGGGCGCCGACCCGGACAUUGCGAUCGACGACAUGGACGCGCCGACGGACAUGGACGUCAAGAUUGCCGAGCUGAGCUCGAAGAUUGACCGCCUGACCGAGAUGAUGCUUUCGAUGCAGAGCGAGAGGGACAGGGGCAGGGGCAGUGAUGCGAGCCAGCACACGGAGCCUGCAACCUAA